AUGAAUGAGGGAACCCUGAAAUCUCAAAAACUGCUCGCUAAACUCGCAAUUAAAUACAUCACCGUCCAAUCAGCUUUCUACGGCAGAACAGACCCCGCCCACUCACCUCAGUGCCCAAACCCUUAUAGCAGUGCUGGACCACGCUCAGUGCAUGACAUCACUUCCUGUCAUGUGUCCACAUCCUUGCAGAAGAUGCUGGAUGAAUGUGAGGACAGGAGGAGAUGUCAUGUUCUUGUCAACAGUCGUUUGUUUGGGACGGACCCCUGUCCCACCGUCAGCAAAUACCUCAGUGUGCGGUACAAGUGCAGGCCGAGUGAGUAUAAGAGUAAAGUGGUGUGUGAAGGCGAGCGCUUGCGGUUGGGCUGUAAGACAGGGAUGCAAAUCGCGGUUUAUUCGGCUAUGUUUGGCCGCACACAGCAGGGAACGCUGGAAUGUCCUCCACACCACCGGAGGGCACCGUCUGUCGACUGCUCGUCAGAUGUGGCUCUGCAGGUGAUGACAUCACGUUGCCAGGGGAAACGCUCUUGUGUGGUCCGCGCCUCGACACAAGAGUUCGGCGACCCCUGUUACCGCGGCACCCGCAAAUACCUUAGCAUCAUACACACCUGCGGGUUUCUGGUUCCUGUCAGUCCAAAAGCCACCUCCAGACCAGACAUCAGAACCAUUCAUCUAGUGCUGGAGUGUUUGAGAGAGAGCACGGCAUGCUGGGAUAUCGGCAGUGUGAGGGCAGCACAUGUGAAGUGCGACUUGUUCAAUGGGUCAGUCGGGGUGCGGUUGAGGUCAGAGGUCAUCUGCAUAGCUGCGGAUCAGCCAAUAGGAGGCCAGCAGGCUUCAGUCCAGCACUGA